GUAUCCGGCAACGCGGCAUGAUUUUCUUUUAUUGACGCAACACGGAAAACGGGCAAAAGCCCUGGUUGCGAUAUAGUUUGCCUUUUGUCUCAUUUUUGUUUGACAAUUGAUUAGAUUUCAAGUGCGGAUAUGGGUCGCAACAACAAAUAAUUAAACCUGUCAGCUUUUUGUGCUUGUUUUUUUGUUUGCUUUUCGGCUUUGCGGAUGAGCUUUUUCUUUGUUACUAUUUGUGUAUUUUGUUGUUAUGCCAUUUAAUCGCUAAUUGAGCGUAACAUUCGGCCUGUAGGAGAAAGGUCCAGCAGCGAACAUUAUUAGUUCUCACAUACAAAUUACACGAAUGGUUGGAAAAGCGUAAGACCACACACAUUUCUUGCACAGUGUAGACAGGUAAAAAUAACCGUACUUGAAGAAAAAUGUUUAAUAAAAUACAGUCGCAAGCUGAUAAGAUAACAGAUUGGGGGAUCUAGCAAGGUGAACACUAAAUCGCCCUACAAUGAGGGUUGGCAUUCAAUUUAGUAAAUAAAAACAUUAAAUAGAACCUUGAGGGUCUAACCCAAACCAAAAAUGUUCUUUUUAGUGAUGUUCUUUGCCAAUAACUGUGCAUAGUUACCUCAGAAUUUUUAUCUGCAAUGAGAUGUGCCAGAUCAAGAUCUCUUACAAGGCAUAAACGAGAGUAUCUGAUGGCGACACCAACAUUGAAAAUGAAGAAAUAAUACGAGUAUCCAUCUGUCUGUCUGGCCUCACUCAGACGCCCACGAACCGUCUGCGGCAGUCCAUAAGCUUCAGUGUAGCGCACUCCAAAAAACAACAAAUUAAAAGCUCCCACCGGGUCUCGAGAGCGAGUAUCGUAAAUAGUUACUUUUCUCCAACGCACUCAGUCGAACAACGCGAUCCGGUAAUGAACGUAACGAACGUAAGAACGCAUUAGAUCAUAGUCGGUGACACUGCGACUGCCGCGGGCAGAACGAGACGGAGACAUAGUGGAGAGUGUUAGCGCGCGAGUGGGACAGAAAGAGAGUGGAAAGGAAGUGGACUGACUCCCAGAACCCAAGGGAUUUCUAUAUGUAAAUACAUGUGAUUUUAUAGACUAUAAAGUGCACAAACAGAGGAAAGCACUCAUUAUGCAGAAUAUGUGGAUAAUUUUCACGAUUAUUGGGCUGGUGGUGCUGGGUCUAGUGAUUCUGCUAAUUAUGGCAGCGCGUUAUCAGCGGGACUAUUGGCACUAUCUGAACAUUCCGCACGAGAGGCCGAAAAAGCUAUGGCCCAUCGUUAGGCAAAUAGUGACACAGAGUCUCAGUACCGAGGCGAUGAAGACGGCUCAUUACUCGGCACUCUACUCUAAAUUCAAGGGCAGCGGACCGUUCUGCGGCUUCUACGCUCUGCUGCAGCCGCGGGCUCUGAUCCUAGAUCGCGAACUGAUCAGGCAAAUAAUGAUCAAGGACUUCUGGAACUUCAAUGAUCGCGGGCUGUACUGUAAUCAGAAAACGGACCCGCUUUCGGGGGACCUGUUCGCCAUGCGCGGUCAGAGUUGGAAGGAGAUGCGCCAGAAGCUGGACCCCAGUCUGGAGAGCGAUCGCAUGUCCUGGCUGUUUGGCAGUCUCUACGAGGAGGCGGAACAGCUUCUGCUUACCGUCACCUCUACGCUGAUGAAGCAGCCGCAUUCCACGCUCCACAUACAGAAACUGAUGCGGCGAUAUGUGCUGUCGGCUCUGGCCAAGUGCGUCUUUGGCCUGGAUGCCCAGCAGCGGCUGAAGUACUCCCUGGAGGACUUUGAGAAAAUGACUGAGAUGGCCGUGAGCAGUCACAAGCACGGCUAUUUGAUGAAUCUGAUGAUGAUCAGGUUUCCUAACUUCUGCCGCGUUCUGCGAAUGCGCCGGACCCCCAAGCAGGCGGAGACCUACUUCCUCACUUUACUCUCGGACAUCGUGGGGCAACGCGAGGCGUCCGGCGUGCGGCACCAGGAUUACCUGCAGCUGCUGGUGGAGAUCAAGGCACUGGAGCUAAUCACCCAUCAAUACCAGGCGGACAAGGAGCUGAACACCCAUCUGCAGAACGAGCUGGCGGCCCAUGCCGUCGUCUUUCUGAAGGCGGGCUACGAGCAAACGGCAAACACCUUGUCCUAUAUCCUGUACGAGCUAGCAAUCCACACAGACGUGCAGGCCACGGUGCGGGAGGAGAUCAAGAAGGCCAUGGAGCGCCACGACAACAACCUGAACUAUGAGUGCGUCCAAUCUUUGGCAUAUCUGGGUCAGGUCAUCAACGAGACUCUCAGGGUACAUCCCAUCACGCCCUAUAUACUUCGCCGCACCCUCACCGACUACCAGGUGCCCGAUCAUCCCACGUAUAUGCUGGUCAAGGAGCUAUUCCUGAUCAUCCCCACACAUGCCAUACACCACGAUCCCGAUAUCUAUCCAGAGCCCGAGGAAUUCAAGCCGGAUCGAUGGGGGGGCCCAAGAGACUCGCUGCAAGAGCAGGGCACCUGGUUCGGCUUUGGGGUGGGCGCCCGCAGCUGCAUAGGCAUACAGUUUGCCCAGCUGCAACUGCGCCUGGCUCUGGCCUUGCUCCUUAUGGAGUACGAAUUUACACUAAACUCGAGGAAGCCGCUGGUUAGCCUGGAUGAUGGCAUUGCGCUACAGCUGACACCCUUGGGGGUCAUCGAGCCCGGCACCGAGGAGAGGGCUGUCUGAGGGAUUUAGGGAUCUACUUAGAAAGUACGGAUACAGAAUUUAAACCAUGAACAAAGUAUAGAAAGCAAUUUAAAACUAUUUACUAACGAAACUAUCAAAUAUGUAGGUAUAAUAUGGAGAACAGGAGGUCCUGAGAGACAGAACCUUACACAAAUGGCAUUCUUACUUAAUAUACUCGUACAUUGUUUUAGUUAUUCAUUUAUUUAUUUUCGAAAGAGCAAAUACUUUGCCAUUAAAUAACUUUGCCGUCUUACAAUAGAAGUAUACUUGAUCUUUUAAAAUAUUUGUCCAUUUGAUUCGUAGUUACUCGCAAGUAGUAUUGUUAGUUAAAUAUCGUUUGUUGCAUUGUCGUUUGCUGAUAUGGUUGGUUGGUGGCUUGGGCCUGUGCAGAAUUGAGCUUAUUAGCGUAGAUUAAAGACAUUGUUUAAAAAUAGCUGGCUGCUUUCGUUGGUUAAUCGAAAUUAGAGUUAUAGUCUAGAAUCGUUUUACUUGUUAGCACUAAAGUAAAAUUUAAUAAUAAAUAAAACAUAUUUCAAAGUA